GGGCAUGACUAUUACUUCUGGUAACGUAGUCAUAGAAAAAGACAGCAGUAAUCUCAUUGGAAUAAGUAUUGGUGGUGGAGCACCAUUCUGCCUUUGUCUCUACAUUGUUCAAGUGUUUGACAACACUCCAGCUGCACUAGAUGGAACAUUAGAGGCUGGUGAUGAACUUGUUUCAGUUAAUGGAGAAAGUUUAAAAGGAAAGACAAAAGUUGAAGUGGCAAAAAUGAUUCAAGCUUGUGAAGCUAAAGUAAGCAUAAAUUAUAAUAAACUCCAUGCUGAUGUGAGCCAGGGAAAGACUUUGGAUAUACUUUUGAAAAAGGUAAAGCACAGAUUAGUCGAAAGUAUGGGUAGUAGUGCUGCUGAUGCCUUAGGAUUGUCUAGAGCAAUUCUCUGCAAUGACACACUAGUUCAAAGAUUGCAAGCACUGGAGAAGACUGAAAAUUUUUACAAAGGUCUCACUACACAUAUGAAAUCCGUGCUACAUGCAUUUUUUGAUCUGUUUCAAGUAUUUAGAGUAUUUGGAGAUACUUUUGCCUCAAUGGGGGUGAAGGAACCUCAAUCAAGGGCCAGCGAAGCUUUCACAAAAUUUGGCGAGAUGCACAGACAAAUGGAAAAAAUUGGCAUCACCAUGUUGAAAAAAGUCAAGCCAAUUUUGAAUGACCUUGGAACUUUCCUUCAGAAAGCCAUUCCUGACACAAAAAUGACAAUUAAUAAAUAUGCUGAUGUCAAAUUCGAAUAUCUGUCGUACUGUUUGAAAGUCAAAGAAAUGGACGACGAAGAGCAAAUCUCUAUAUCUAGUCAAGAACCACUGUACAGAGUUGAAUCAGGAAAUUACGAAUAUCGAUUGGUAUUACGAUGCAGACAAAAUGCAAGAGUAAAAUUUGCUAAACUAAGAUCAGACGUUCUUAUCAAACUUGAACUUUUAGAAAAUAAGCACUUUGAGCAUAUUGCCGAUCAAUUGCAAAAAUUCUCUACUGGACUCUCUGAGUAUUUUGAAAGCAUUUUAAAAGUACUGUCGGAAAAUAUUAUUUUUCCCGUUGAAAUUGACUUACCUCAGAGUACUUUUACACAAAAGGCUCCUGACCAUGAAAAAUAUGAGGAGGAAGGAGCGUGUGGGUUUGAUCCAAGUAAAUUAUUAGAUUUUGACGCGAGUGAAGAAGCAAAGCCAAGUACGAGUGGCAGUGCGAGGCAAGGACCAAGUGAAACUAAAUCUAAGCCAACAGACUUGAGUGAUUUGGUGGAUUUAAGUGGUUUUACCAAUAUGAAUCAGAAAUUUGAGGAAUUGUUGAAGUUGGAUGAUGAAUCCGAGCCAUUCUUUAUGUUUGAAACAAAAGAAACAGUUGAAAAAAAAAGUAAGGAGGAACCGUUGCUACUCAUCAAAGAAAAAGAGGAUGAUAAAUCGUUUCUCACACCUUUAGAAUUCAACAAAAAAUCAACUGAUACAUCUGUAAAAUCUCCCACAGAAUCAACAAGUGCUUCCGAAUCUUUGCUAUUUCUGGCCAAUUUCGACGAACCACUGAUUAACAUAGAAUCAAACUAAAAUAAUUUAUAUUUUGCUUUAUAUGUACCUAAUUAAAUUUGUGUAUUUGAUACCAUUUUAUCAAAAGUUUCAACACGUUG